AUGAAGACCUGCAUCCCAUUUGUGUUUUUUUUGGGUUUGUCCUGUGCUCUCCCAGUAACCAGGUAUCAAAAUUCUGGAUCUGAGAGCUCUGAAGAGUGGAAGGGUCAUUUGACUCACACACCAACACCACCUUUGGAGAGCAUUGAGUCAUCAGAAGAAAGAGAUCUUAACUCAGAGGAACAGGCAAACGAAGAUCCCAGUGACAGUACCGAUUCAGAGGAGGGUCCUGAUAAUCAUCAAUAUGUAUAUAGAUCAGCUGGUGGCAUCUCUAGAAGCAGAGAUGAUAAAGAUGAUGAUGAAGAUGACAGUGGAGAUGACACCUUUGGCGAUGAUGACAAUGGUCUAGGAUCUGAAGAGGGUCAAGGAGGCAACUCCAGUUUUAGAAGUGAUGAAGACUCAGCUGACACCACACAGUCCAGGGAGGAUAGCACCCCAGAUACUACCAGUGAGAGCAGGGACCAUGACAGUGAGGAUGAGAUGCACAACAGCCCCCAUGGAGUUGACUCCCCCCAAGAGAGUCAGAGUGAGGAGAACAGGAUGGGAGGCAGCAGUGAGGGGGACAGUAGCCAUGGGGAUGGCUCUGAGUUUGAUGAUGAAGGAAUGCAGAGUGAUGAUCCAGAGGGCAGCAGAAGUGAGAGAAGGAGCUCCAGAAUGAAUAGUGCUGGUGUCAAAUCAAAAGAGUCAAAAAGGAACAACACACAGCAGGUAGGUCCUACAGAUUCUGGGGAUAGCCAAUCAGCAGAUCAUCCCAGCAGGAAAUUUUUCAGGAAGUCCCGCAUUUCUGAGGAAGACAUUAGAGGUGAGCUUGAUGACAGCCACACAACGGAAGAUGUCAAGAGUGACUCCACAGAAAGCAUCAACACCAAAGAAUCUGGCUUCAGUCUGUCCAGCGAGAAGAGUGAGAGUGAAUCUCGAGAAAACAGUGAGGAGAAUCAGUCCCCGGAAGACAGUGAAAAUAUCCAGAACUCCAGCAGUGAGUCUAGUGAAGAGGUUGACCUGCCAUCCCUAGAAAGCAGUGAGUCUCAGGAAGAGGUGAGUGAGUCCAGGGGCGAUAAUCCAGAUAAUACCACCAGUCAAUCAGAUCAGGAAGAGAGUGAAUCCAGCGAAGAAGACAGCUUGAAUAAACCCUCUGAUUCAGAAAGCGAAUCCAGAGAGAAGCAAGCUGACAGUGAAUCAGAUGAGAGCCUCAGAACCUCAGAGCAAAGCUCGGAGUCCACUGAGGAAAACAGUUCUAGCCAAGAGGAGCUCCAAUCUGACAGCGCCUCAGCAGAGAGCCAGAGUGAUGAAAGCCAGUCUGAGCAGAAAAGCCGGUCUGAGGAGGAAGAUAGUGAUUCUCAGGACAGCAGCAAGUCACAAGAAGAGAGCAACUCGACUGAGAGUGAAUCAAGCAGCGAGGAAGAUGGCCGCUCCAAAAACCCUGAGCGGGAAAGCAGAAAGUUAAUGGUUGAUGCUUAUCAUAACAAACCCAUUGGGGAUCAAGAUGAUAACGACUGCCAAGAUGGCUACUAGUGUCAGCUUUCCCGAGAAGUGGCCCACACAGUCUAGGGAGCUAGA